AACAUUCACCCACAAUACAACACAACAAUAAAUACUUACAUAGGUUACCUUUUUGUCUUUUGUUCAACACACAACACAUUUACAAUUUUUUUAUACUAUCCUGGACAUAAUAAACUAACUAUUCAUGGCUUCAGAACAUGGUGAAAUUCCUCAGCCCUACCAUAUACCAGGCUACACAGGGACAUGUCCGGACGUGCAAUAUCGUGUGGGUAAGAGUUUCGGAGUGGCAACUCAUGUUGCGAUGUGCGACCCUAAAGUUACCCACUCUAAUAAGCUGGCUCUAUCUCGGAUGUUUAACUCACAACCUGAUGAAGACUUCGGAGCAAGUGAUGCUUGGAGAGCUGCAGCAAGAAGUCGACUUGAGCAAGAGGUGCAACUGUUGAAGGGAACCAGAAGACCACGAAGUUUAAGGGAUCGAAUGUUGGUGGACUGUCCUAAGCUUCCCCUCCCCUUGGUAACGAUCGAAUGUCAAGGCUACAAACACCCUCUUUUCAAAAGCUGUUGAUUACUUCACAAUAAACACAUGUCACAUAUGAAGCCUAAUAAAAAUCAUCCAUG